AGCAUGAGCCAAGAGAUGCGCAGGCGAAGCAAGAGGUUGUUACAAAAUACAAUGUGCAUUUUACUAUUUUUAGAAUGAGCUUUUGCACUUGUAAAACCACAUGAUUAAUAACUGUUCUUUUAAACGAAUAAGAAAUUAGACAUCUGCUUUACAGAUUCAUCAGACAGAAGUAAACGAACAGAAGUAACAUUUAUUUUACGGAUUAGUCCUUCUUUAAGAAACUGAGGUGUUAUAUUAUUACUCCUUCAAAUACAUUUUAUGGAUGUCUUAGCUGCAAAUGUUGGGUUGUCGGGGCUACAAACAUCUGCAGGAUGGAUCCGUGUAAAUCUCAGCAUAUGAUAUGGCAAUGUGAAUGAUGCAUCGUUUAUUUAAUCCAAGCUACGGACUAAAAGCAAGGAUCUGCCACAUCUGGCUAGUGACUUCUCAUAUUGACUGAGCAAGCUUUCCUUACAAUGUAAAUGCAAGAAGGAUACUUUAUUUCCCCACUAGGCCACCUGUAGCUUCUGGGCAGCCUAGCCCCCUCUGCUCUUUCUGCCUGGGAAACUGACCCAGUCAACGGAUAUAAGAGGAGAAUGGAGAAUUCCUCUACAAAAGACAACACCUCCCUAGACUUCAGGACACUGGCUGAGUAUGUAACACCCACAACUGUGUGGCAGGACCCCAUUCAGGGGCUUAACCUGCCCCUUCAAGUGUUUUUAUGUCUGGUUAUCAUCUGUGUGCUGCUGCUUGCCUUUCUGGGCAACAUGGUUAUCUGUGUGAUGGUUUACCAGAGAGCCGCUAUGCGCUCUGCUAUUAACAUCUUGCUAGCCAGUUUGGCCUUUGCUGAUAUGAUGUUAGCAGUCCUCAACAUGCCCUUUGCUCUAGUUACCAUGGUGACCACACGGUGGAUCUUUGGAGAGGUGUUUUGCCGCAUUUCAGCUAUGUUCUUCUGGAUGUUUGUGUUGGAGGGGGUUGCUAUUUUGCUUAUUAUCAGUGUGGACCGCUUCCUGAUCAUUGUGCAAAAGCAGGAUAAACUAAGUCCACGCAGAGCCAAAGUGUUGAUCGCAGUAUCAUGGUCUACAUCGUUCUGCCUUUCCUUCCCUCUUGCUAUUGGACAACCUGCCCUAUACAUCCCCCCCAGAGCACCACAGUGUGUUUUUGGAUACACAGUUGAGCGUGGUUACCAUGCCUAUGUAGUACUAAUUAUGAUGGUAUUCUUCUUUGUACCAUUUUUAGUCAUGCUGUACACAUUUAUGGGGAUCCUAAAUAGGCUACGCCACAACGCGUUGCGCAUUCACUCCCAUCCUGACUCUAUCUGUCUCAGCCAGGCCAGCAAGCUGGGUCUGAUGAGUCUACAAAGGCCUUUUCAGAUGAACGUUGACAUGAGCUUUAAAACACGUGCCUUCACCACAAUCCUUAUUCUUUUCUCUGUCUUUACUGCAUGCGGGGCUCCAUUUGCCACCUAUAGUCUGUUAUCUACCUUCAGUCAUACCUUUUACUACAGGCAGAACUUCUUUGAAAUAAGUACAUGGUUACUGUGGAUGUGCUACCUCAAAUCAGCUCUGAAUCCUUUGAUCUACUACUGGCGAAUCAAGAAGUUUCGUGAUGCUUGCCUAGAUCUAAUGCCCAAGUACUUCAAGUUCUUUCCUCAGCUGCCUGGCCACACUAAGAGACGUAUCCGUCCCAGUGCCGUUUAUGUGUGCGGGGAGCAUCGCUCUGUGAUAUAGCGAAGAACUUUUAAUUUUGAUGUUUUUUAUUUUGUUGUGUAAAUUUUAUAAUACAAUCUUGACAAGCUGUGAUAUGUUUGCUCUUAAAACUGCAGGAACUUUUAAUGGUAAGAGACUUUACUGAAGAGAGUUUACAUUAAACUACUUAAAUUGCACAAUGUUUUUAUCUUAUAACUUAUAACUGACUAUAAAUGUUCAGUAUAAGAGUCAGGCGCUGCUAUAUUUGGUGAAAAUGUUUUUUUUCCUUUAGGUUAAAUGCCAUUAAUGUAUGAUCUGCUUUUUUACACACAAGUUUAACUAUUUUAUUGUCUGUAAUAGUGUGAAAAGAAAAAAGCAUUGCUAUCUAAUGAAAGCGUGAAUUAACGGGUAUAUAUAUAUACAUAUAUACUGUAUAAUGAUCUUACAGUGCUGUUGAUAUUUUUAUAUUUUUUUGCCCAAGCACAUUUGACCAAUUUCAAACUACAUCAAUCUUAAAAACUACUGCUAAUUUUGUAUAUAAUUAUUUAUAAGUGAUUGUAUGAACUUGCAUAAUAAUUCUGCACACACUGUCCAGUUAUUCCAGAGUUUGUGUUCAUGAAGUCAGGGAAUUAAAAACAAUAUUUCCAACUUAUAAACUACUAAAAUUGUGACUUAAUAUACAUUUUCUAUCAUAUUUUUAUCCAAGUUUAGAGAGACUGUAUUCUUGUGUACUUCAAUGAAAGGAAAUCCACAAUUUGUAAAUUGUAGGAUAUAUUUUUACAUUAUAAACAGACAGUAGCAACUUGUACUUACAGUUCAUAAGGUAGAGAAUGUAUAAAGAGAAAAUAUGUUUACAAUAUAGUGUGUGUGUGUGUAAUAGUUACAAUAUGUCCUCAAAUUUAUUACAUAUUCUAUAAAAAUGUAUUUUUUUUGUGUAAUUGAUAAAUGUGUUGUGCUUUUACAUUAAAGAAAUGUAGGCUACAUUGUGAACUUCAAUGUGUCAAAAUGUUGUGCUAUAUCAUUUCAACUUGCUAUGACUCAAAAUACACUUUUAUACACCACAAUAAAAUAAACUUUAUGCAUCCUAAUUAUGUAAUUGGUUACUAAUUAUUUUUAAUAUGUGGUCAAUAAAUGCUUUUCAUAGAACUCUGUUCUAUAAGAAUGUCUAAUGAAUUUAUCAUGUUAGGAAUAUUAGUCUCUGUAAGAUAAUAUAAGAUAAGAUCAAUUUACUGGCUAAAUCUUUCUGAAGGAAAUGUUUCUUCCCAGAAUAUACAGGUAGGUUUUUUUUAGUCUUUUGUGAGAGGAUUGUGAUAACCCUGUCAUGAUGUUCAGAUCGACUCUAAAGGGCCGUUCACAUUGAAAUGACAACUACAGUAUAACGAUAAGGUGCGCUGAUGAAGGUGUGCUCGUGUCCGGGAUGUAAAGCAUAUGUUUUGCCAGCUUGCGCAGACAUACGCAUUACAUAUAAUAUCCCGCCGUAAACACACUGCUUUGCGUCUGCUACAGUCUUUAAUUCUGACAUAAAACCUGUGUCGCGAUCCUCAA